GAAUCAAAGUAUAAUUCUAUCAUUUCCUGGCACGGCAUUUUAUUCGGAAUUUCUUGCGUCAACCAUGGCUUGGAAAAAUGUGUUUCUUUUAGUACUGGGUUGUUCAACAUGCUUCGCAAAAAGCAUAGAAAAUGGCGAUGAAGCCAUGCACAACCCUGAUCUAUUUGAAGGUGACAUUUUGGGAAUAUCUCCAGGUGACAGAAAUGCUGUAGUAGAGAAACACCGAUUAUGGCCUAAUGGACGCAUUCCUUAUACCAUAGAUCCACAAUUAAAACAGCAAGAACCUAAGAUUAAAGAAGCCAUGCAACACUUCGAAGACAAAACGUGCAUUAAAUUUAUUCCCAAAACGACGGAGAAUCAGUACAUCAGAAUAUUUCCCGGAAGAGGAUGCUAUUCUCACGUAGGCAAAACUUUGGGUGACCAGCCACUGUCUCUUGGACCCGGUUGCUUCAAGUUCGGAAGCAUCGUCCACGAACUCGGACAUGCCGUAGGAUUCUACCACGAACAUUCUCGAUCAGACAGAGAUGACUACUUGAAUAUCCACUACGAGAACAUACAGAAGGGUAUGGAGGAUCAAUUUGUGAAGCUCCGCCCGAAACAGAACCAGCUGCUGACUCCAUUUGACUAUGACUCCAUCAUGUUGUACGGAGAGACCGUGUUCAGCAAAAGUCACUAUGACGGACUCAAGACAAUGACCGCCAAAGAUGGUCGCAAGCUGGUGGAAGUCAAUGAAAAGCCGGGACUCAGCAAGGACGACAUAACCCGCAUAUCUAAACUGUACAAUUGUUGACACAAAUGUGAAGAAGUUGUAAAUAAAAAUACUUAAUUUACGAGAAGAAA